AUGCCGUGCACCGUGAUCGGCAUCUCCGGUGCCUCGGGCUCUGGCAAGUCGUCGCUCAGCACAAACAUUGUAUCGGAGCUUAUGGCACACUGCGGCCCCGUCAGCAUCGGCGUCAUCUGCGAGGAUUUCUACUACAGGGACCAGUCCAACAUCCCUGAGAGCGAGCGAGCCUAUACCAACUAUGACCACCCAAAGUCGCUUGAGCACGACCUGCUGACGACGCACCUUCGCGAGCUGAAGUCAGGCAAGACGGUGCAAAUACCCCAGUACGACUAUGUGCACCACACGCGCUCUGACACUGCAGUCACGAUGACGCCGAAGAGCGUCCUCAUUGUCGAGGGUAUUCUCCUCUUUACGAAUGCGGAGCUGCGCAACGAGAUGGACUGCCUCAUCUUCGUUGACACCCCGCUGGACAUCUGCCUGAUCCGGCGCGCCAAGCGCGAUAUGAGGGAACGUGGUCGCACCUUCGAGUCCGUCAUUGAACAAUACGAGGCGACGGUGCGUCCCAUGUACUACGCGUACGUUGAGCCGUCCAAAGUGUACGCCGACAUCAUCGUGCCGAGCUGGAAGGACAACAGCGUCGCAGUCGGGGUGUUGAGGGCUAAGCUGAACCACGACCUCGAGAACAUGUGA